GAAGCAUGUUUUUACAGCGGCACGUUCUGUGCAGCAGUACAUGCUUGCAGAUUGUUUAGGUGUGUAUAGACUGUUGUUAAAAACACGGUUAAAAAUUGUAUCUGAAUAAUGGGUGAACACGAGCGCUACCCGCCGCCGAGCUUCAUGACGCCGGCGGAACCGUCUGUCCACCGGACACCCCCGAAAUUCGAGGCGGCCAGAGAUUGGAACUGGACCCAACCGACACCGGCUGUACCCUGGAACCACAGCCCCGGUCCAUAUGGAGGGUUCGGACACCAUCAUUUUUACAACCAACAUCAACAUGCAGGUCCACGUCCUCCUCCUCCUCCUCACAGACCUGAGUGGCAGAAUCAUGGAAACAAGUGGGGCAGAAAGAAGCAGAAGAAAGAGCAAGAGUUCAGUCACUUCUGCGACACGUGUGACAGAGCCUUCAAAAUUCAAGAAAAGUAUGAUGAACAUAUUUCACAGCAUGUGAAGUGUUCUGUUGAGGGCUGUAAUUUUAACGCACAUGAGAAACUGGUAAAGAUUCACUGGAAAAAUAAUCACGCUCCAGGUGCCAAGAGAAUUAAACUGGACACACCAGAAGAGAUCGCAAGAUGGAGGGAGGAGAGGCGCAAGAACUACCCGACGCUGAGUAACAUAGAGAAGAAGGUAAAGAUGAUGGAAGUGAAGGAGCAGAGAGGAGAUGUUCUGGAGACGGCACAGUUUGGUCGUAUGAAGAACCGCGGCAGAGGCCGAGGCUGCGGAAGAGGGUUUGGAAGGUGGAGUGAAGGUGCCGGUGAAAGAAUUGAACCCGUGACCCCAGAGACGGACCAGCCAAUGUCACUUAAGCGGCCGAAUCAGGAUGAAGACCCUCUUGGAGCUCUAGCAAACAAUGACCCGGGAUCUGAUAAUGAGGAGUCUGGUCAAAAGAAGCAGGCUGGACUCUCGGUUGCCCCCAGAAAUGUGACGUCUGCCCUGGGAUCACUCAUGUCCAGUUACGGGGGUGACAUGACCACCAGCGAAAGUGAAGGAGAUACAGAUGAUUCUCCUUUGUUACGAGCGUCUCGAGCUGUGGAGGAGAAUAAGACGCUACUGGUGGAUCAUCCUAUUCCCGUUCAGAACCACUCUGUACAUCACCCAGAGAAGCCUGCAUACAGCCCACAACAAUCCCAUCAUGCCCCUGCCGGAAGAGGCCGAGGGGGUCGUGGGCCUCAGAGGGGCAAGGGUCAGAGAGGAGGUCACAAUCACCUUAGCAAAUCGCAUAAGCCAACGCUUCUCGAGAUGUUAUUGGCUCCGGACAUUCGCCAUGAGAGGAAUGUUAUUCUUCAGUGCGUUCGAUACGUCGUCCGGAAGGGAUUCUUCGGUUUGGCUGCUAAAGACAGUAAUGAAAUCGCAACUGUGAGUACAGAUGACUCCGCGUGUGAAGACACCUCAACGUGCAACACGAGAGAGGAUGGAGAACGCUCGGGUGCCACCCACCAAUCACAGGAGGAGCUGAAUAAAACGAGAUCUCCAGCAGCCUCGGAUGAAUCCGUUUCGAGUCUGGACACGGCCAAGCAGCCCAGCGUGUUCCUGCAGCUGUUUGCUCGCAGUUUAGUGUGCGAGGAGCCGGCUGACGGUCCUAAAGACCUUUCUAAAGCAUCAGAGAUUGAUCAGAACACAUCCAAAGAGGGGGUAGAGGAGGCAGAAGACAGGCAGAGGUAUCCGAAGUGUACAAUGAUAAACGCCGUCGACCAGUAAUGACUUAAGUGUGCUCAUUCGUACCGUAAGAUGGUCAGCGGGAUCUGAAAACCAUAAAGGCAACAUUAAUAAUCCUUUGUUUUGCGUAGAAUAAUUAGACCUGUCGAAUUAAAUGACAGAUUAAAAUGAGUUUUGGCAUCGAUUGGGUUUGCCCUUUAAAAUUUAUUGGUUGUUGGUGCAUUUUCUGCCUUUACAAUCUGACAGUGUUUGUGUGAUGGAUCUGCGUGGACAUGUGUAUGUUCAGAUGGAUCUCUGAAUCUGAGUUUGUCAUAUUCAUGAAAGUGGAGAUGCUGGAAGCUCCUCGACUGUUUCUUGUGUCUUUUGUGAAGAAUAACAUGCGACACGAUGACCUGUCUCAUCCGAAUUCUCCAGAUUUUCUCAUGUGAUGAGUGGAGCAACCACGCCAUCCUUAUCUCGACAACGUUUGUCACAUCUUUGAACUUGUGUCCUUUCCUCUGCGAGCGACAUGCAAAUACUUAAGUGCCUAUUUAUUAUGAAAUCUUAUUUUUUCAGUCUAAAUACAUAAAAAAAUAAACACAUUAAUCAUUCCUG